CCGCUAGCCAAUCAGACAUUAGAAGUCAGCCAUACAAUUUCUGCUUCCAGCUGAUUCAGUCGCCAUUUUUGUUGCGAACGUAAACACUGCUGAGCCGUACUGACUUCUCCGGUUGACUCGGACGAUUGUUCCCUUCACCUGCUGCGGCGUGGAAGGUGGAUUACCUUGACUUGAACCGGCGUGUCAGUGGGAAAUGGGGGUACAGCGUGGAUUUCCUCACCGGGAGGGAGCGUGGGUUUAAAUUUGAAAUGGACCAAGACUACGAGAGACGUCUUUUAAGGCAAAUCCACCUUCAGAACUUGCCCGCUGAAGCGCGACUGAACAGGUGUGAAAGUGUUACCUGCAGUCCGGUCAGUGUGAAAUCCGGGGACCGUUUCAUCCCAACCCGUGCGGGAAGCAACUGGAGCAUCAACUUCCACUAUGCCAACGAGAACUGUCAGUCUCCCAGCCAGAACCAUAAAGCCAAGGAUGCCACGUCAGAUUCCGGGAAAGAUACGGUGGCGUAUGCCGCCCUAUUGAGGAACGAGUUACUGGGUGCGGGCAUAGAGUCCGUGUCAGAUCUUCACGCAGAUGACAGGCGGCGUGCCGUCUCCGCUCGUGACUCUCACGGCUUAUUUAGGUACACCGUCCACACUAAGAGAGUGCCUUUCGACAACGAUAACGAAGUCUCACCUUACUCUCUUUCCCCGCUCACGAACAAGAGUCACAAGCUGCUACGCUCGCCUCGUAAACCGGCACGGAAGAUCUCCAAGAUCCCAUUCAAGGUGUUGGACGCCCCGGAGCUACAGGAUGACUUCUACCUCAAUCUGGUUGACUGGUCGGCAGGAAACCUGCUGAGUGUCGGACUGGGAGCCUGCGUCUAUCUGUGGAGCGCCUGUACCAGCCAGGUGACAAGGUUGUGCGAUCUUUCAGUGGACGGUGAUUCUGUGACGUCGGUUUGCUGGAAUGAGAGGGGAAGUCUGGUCGCUGUAGGAACCCACAAAGGUUACGUCCAGAUCUGGGAUGCGGCGGGCGGGCGAAAGCUUACCAGUUUAGACGGACACUCGGCUCGUGUGGGUGCCUUGGCGUGGAAUGGGGAGCAGCUAUCUUCAGGAAGUCGAGAUAGAGUAAUCCUCCAACGGGACGUCAGAACCCCACCGUCUGCCGAGAGACGACUGCAGGGUCACAGACAGGAAGUGUGUGGUCUGAAAUGGUCCCCCGACCACCAGCAUCUUGCCUCUGGGGGAAAUGACAAUAAGUUACUGGUGUGGAACAGCUCCAGUCUGAUCCCCGUGCAGCAGUAUAGCGACCACUUGGCCGCGGUGAAGGCGAUCGCGUGGUCGCCUCACCAGCAUGGGCUGCUGGCGUCGGGUGGCGGCACCGCUGAUCGCUGUCUGCGCUUCUGGAACACGUUGACGGGUCAGGCGCUACAGAGCACAGACACAGGCUCCCAGGUGUGCAACCUGGCGUGGUCCAAGCACGCUAAUGAACUGGUGAGCACUCACGGCUACUCUCAGAACCAGAUCCUGGUGUGGAAGUACCCGUCGCUGACACAGGUGGCCAAAUUGACGGGUCACUCGUACAGAGUGCUCUACCUGGCCGUGUCACCUGAUGGUGAGGCCAUCGUCACCGGCGCCGGGGAUGAGACCCUUCGCUUUUGGAACGUCUUCAGUAAAACACGUUGCACCAAGGAGUCCAAGUCUGUGCUGAACCUUUUCACAAGAAUCCGAUGAGCUGCAGCAACACAUGACACUUUUUUUCUGUUGUUUUUUUUUUUUUCUAAACCGACGAUAUGCACUACAUGUUUUUCCUUCCCACUCAUCAGUGAUGUCACCUUCGUGGACAAAAAAAAAAAAAAACAAGUCAGCUUUGUAAUCAUCAUGUUCUUUUCUGUUGUCAUUAUCAGAAAUAUAAAUGUUCAACAAUGCUAUCAUGUUAUGACCUCACAUUUUGGAAAAGACUGCAACAGAGAGAGAAAUGUCUGACUUGAACAUGUGUCUUUUUUGUUGUUUGUCACAAGUGUGAGUAUUUUGACAGUAGACAAAAACAACAAUUAAUUUGCAUUUAUUUUUUGACCCCUCAUGUGAGGAAAUUUUGCAGACAAUAUUUAAUUCCAAUACAUAUACAGUAAGUCCACACUUCCUGAUAUUGGUAAAAAAAAUUCCCUAUGUUUUUUGUGCUUGGAGAAAAAAUGCAGUCUAGUAAUCAGAGUGUCCAGACCCCUGCAGGCCUCUGCAAAGCAGAGAAAAGUCCUUCACAAUUUCCUUAACGCGCCUCUUGUUGCUUUGCUCCCUGGGACAAAGAGAAAAGAAAAAAAUAUACAUAUACUUUAUAAAUAAAAUCUUCAGUCCAAAGCAAAAAAAAUAAAAAAUACAUUAAAUAUGAGUACUGUAAUUUUUCAAGGCACACAGAUUAUUGUGUUCUAUGACUACAUAAACAUGGAACCUACCAACAGAAAGAUUAGACUCCUGUGUUUGAUCAGGAAAAAAUAUGUUUCUACAUUUUUCUGUCCUUUAGUAAUCGUCAGUCAAGUUUCAGGGAAAUAUCAGUUCCCAACAAAAAUGUAGAAAAAAUGCUUUUUGUGAAAAUAUUUUUUGACACUUUUUUUGCUAUUGUGACAGCUCAACAUAACACAAAAAGUGUUGUUUUACACCCAAAUAAUUUAUUGACAAAAAAAACACCAUGAACUAUUUACAAUUUUCACAUUUGGAAUUAAUCCAUGGGUCCACAUACAUUAAAACCUCCCUACAAUACAUAAUAAAUACUUCCUCCUUGCUGUCCAGCUUGUAAACACAUGCUAAAGAUCCAUGGCAAGGUGGCUUAUUCCGUUUUUCUUGCUGAUUUUCUUACCUGAGAAGCUGCUGCGCGAAGGUGUGUUUUUGCUCUGGACUGACGUGCGCUGAAGGGAAUCCUGGUAACUGGAGACAUUCUUUGAGCCAUCGGGAAAGCAGAGCAGGACAGUGUCGACUCAGACUCAGCAGCACCUCAGAGAAAUACUCUGUCAGACUGCGAGGAGAUCCGCCACCGACUGCCUAAGACUCACAAAAACAGCCACAUUAAAAAUGAUGACAGUGGAUUUCCGUGGAUUUUUUUUUUUUGUAGGGAAACCCACCCAUUAUGAAUGGCACAGACUCAAAUGUUUUUAUGAAUGAAACAGUCAGGGAGUGACAGAUCACACGUUGGCCUAGCCAGUCAAUGAGUUUGUCAGUCUGAAGGGAAGGCAUCAGCUUGAGUGGCCUUUUACCGCUUCGUCAAAUAAUUCAAUUAAUUCAAUUAAUUCAGAAUUAGUAAGAUUUAAAUUCAGAUAUACCACUAAUAACUAUUUUUUUCAAAUAGUUGAGCAUGUAUAGCCUCAAGAGGGAACCAGAGCCUACAUGGAGGCUGAUAUCAUUGCAGCAGCCCGCUCCAAAAGAAACAGGGCUCAAAGUUCAUGAAAAUGACAGUUGUUGGUCUACGAUAACACAAUGAUAAAACCAACUCCUUCCAUCAACAUCAUUUUUUAUCAAAUAGUUGAGCAUGUAUAGCCUCAAGAGGGAGCCAGAGCCCAGAGGGAGGCUGAUAUCAUUGCAGCAGCCCGCUCCAUAAGAAACAGGGCUCAAAGUUUCAGAAAAUGACAGU